AUGCUAUUAGUUUAUUGAAUUUGAAGAUUAUUUACUAUAAAUUAUUUAUUUAUGCAUAAGGCAUCUAGAUCUUUUACACUAUUUAAAUUGAUAGUUUAGACAAAGUUAUAUUAUAAAUAAUUAUAAAACACAAUUUUUUUUUCAACUGUAUUGAUGUAUAUAGAUGGUUCCAUAAUAUAUUUUUUUAGUUCUGUCAAUCUAAAUGAAAUGGUGACUCUGAAAUAACGCAGUGUUAUUGAAUUUAAUGUUUUUCAUUAAAUUUUUACCUAAUCUGAAAUUCGUAAACUAAUCUAAUUAAACAUUUUUUUAUUAGUUUUGAUAAUGAAUUUUUAGAAAUAAUGACUGAAAAUAUUGAUUAUUAUCGAAACCAAAUAACAUUAGCACGAACAGAAAUAAAAAAUUUAAGGCAGCAGCUAUCUGCGCUUAAACAUGAGCACCUAAAAGAAAUAAAAUUAAUUAAGACUGCUUUAAAUGGACUACGAUGUGCAAAUUGCGCUGACUCUGCAACUUCUGUUGUCAGUAAUCACAGUGAUGAUGGUCCUUCAUCAUCAGAAGACAGUGAGAACAUCUUAUAUAGACCUAUUGGUGUUAUUGAAACAUCAUUUCAAAAUAAGAGGGGUGUGCCCAGGCAACCGUCAGUACUAGCUAAAGCAAGAGGCACAGUGAUUAUAAAUCAAAAUGUGUUUAACAAUCCAGAACAUGCUUUAAGUGGGUUGGAAGAAUUUUCUCAUAUAUGGAUAAUAUUCCACUUCCAUGCAACGGAGAGUUCCAAUGUACCAGCAAAGGUGGCGCCCCCUCGACUUGGCGGGGAGCGACGUGGCGUAUUUUCCACACGAUCUCCGCACAGACCAUGUCCCAUAGGGUUGUCCCUUGUCAAGAUACAGAGCGUAGAAGGCAACAAAAUCCAUUUCUUAGGCGUUGACAUGGUAAAUGGUACCCCAGUGCUGGACAUAAAGCCUUAUAUUCCCCAGUAUGAUUAUCCAAGUUCUUACGGAGACAGUAUGUCGUCGUUAGUGCGCCCUCCCACUGAAGGUAUCAGCGACGCGGCGGAUACUCUAGCUAAUUUGCAGUUAGAUGAUGAUAAUUUUGAUAAUAGAAGCUUGAGUCCUCGCAUAACGAACCCAAUCGGCGUUGAUACCAGCAGUCCGCUACCUAGAUCGCCGUAUCAAGAUGAUAUUCCCUCGCCAGGGGACCGUCAAAGUAGUUUUCUAACCCCAAUCUCACCGUCACCCGACUCUCCGUCAAGCAUAGACAUGCUAGACGGGAACUUUCGAAGAUCACCAGAAAGACUUGACGCCGAAAGAGGCGCUCCUGAUGGUCAAGAGCGAUUCACACCACCACAGUCGGCCCAUUUAAGCAAUAUAAGCCAUGAUGGCAUUAGAGUUGCCCCGUGGAUCUCUAACCCACCAAGUCAACCCUACGAGGUUAGAUUCACUGAUGAUGCCCUUGAAAGAUUAACAGAAUUGAUCGGAGAUAGAGCAGACGCAUUUAAGAGUAACAUAGAAUGUUUGCUCUCCGAGGAUCCAAGAUCACAUUACGUGAGAACUCGUUACCCUGACCAUGAAUACAACUGUGUUCUAGAAGAUUUGUCUAUAAGUUGUGUUUUUGACGUUAGUUCGUCUAUUUGUACAAUUAUAGCGGUAAGAAGUGCAGAAGAUUUGCAAUAGAUUAUAACAUUUGCUGUUUAGUGAAGACAAUAUUGCCUAAUGUGUAAUAUAAUUAAUAUUAUAGGUAUAUAUUUAAUUGAAGCACAUAAUACAAUAUGUUAGCACAA